AUGCCCCAAGGCGCCCUCAAAAAGUCAAAACAAACCAAAAAAUCCUCCUCAAAAGUCGGUCCUCGCGUCAUCGCCCCCAAAAAGGCCUCUAUCGCAAAACAGCGCAACACCAUGAAAAAGCUCUCCUCGGGCAUGGCCGCCAGAACCGAGCACAGUCUGGCCCAGCGCGCGGGGCAUCUCGAGUUGCUGGCGAAUGCAAAGAAGGAGAAGAUGAAGGAGAAGAGGGCGGAAUUUAAUAAAAAGUGA